AUGCGUGCCGCUCAGCAGACCACCGUUGCCCUUCUCGCCGUCGGCGCCGUCGCCCUCGACCAGCGUGACAUCGACGAGUGCACCGACUACGUCCAAGAAAUCUAUCCCAUCCUGACGGCUACGCCCACCCUCGAACCUUCCCUCUACUCGUUCCUCGCCGAGCAAACACAGCUCGCCACCAUCACCGAGCUCUGCGAGAUCCCUCAUGUCACUGGCUCCUUGGCUGGCGAGUACACCGCGUACGUCAGCUCCCUCACCAGCUGGAUAGCCGAGAACAGCGCCAUCUUCGAGAGCUUCAUCGAGGCUUGCACCGACGUUCCCGAGGUCCAGGACCUGCUCAACGGCAUGCCCGUCCCCACCAUGUGCUCCAACAUUUCGUGGGCCGACGGUGCCUCGGACGACAAGACGACUGCCACUGUCACGACUCCUGCCACCACCACGGCCACGGCCACCGUCACUCCCACUCCCAGCAGCGACAACGAUGGCGAGGAUUCGGGCAACGACGGCGGCGACGAAAACGAGGGUGGCGAUGGCGGCAACGCUGCUGGCCGUCAGACCGUCUCCAUCGGUGCUGCUCUUGCCGUGGUUGGGGCUCUUGUCGUCGCGCUAUAA